AUGCACAUUCCUCCUUCUAUGAAGUAAUACCUAUACAAGCUCAAACUGAUCAGAAAUCGAGUCUCUUAGGCACUCCCUUCCAAAAGCAACAUCAAAAAGGCUACUACAUUUAACUGAAUUAACUACAACAACAGAAACAGAAAACAGAGACGCAACUCCAAGUCUUCCAAAAGUAAAAAAGGUAAAUUCAAGCUUCUGUCUUGUUAAAAAACAAGUUAAAUCCCGAAACCUAACAUUUUCAGAAGUUGACUUCCAAGAUGCCAGAAACUCAUGAAAGAAUCUCUCAAGAAGUAACUAUUAAACAGAAAAUUCCCAUUCGAUAAAUAUAAUUCCUUCAAAACACAUUCAAGACCUUAUCAGCAAUAUUAAAGAAAAAGUUGAAAAGUGAUUUAAAUAUAGAGAAUUUCAAUAUGAAAGAGAUUCAGUAGAGAUUUAUAACGCAAAUUCACUAGAAAUGACGAGCAAUCUUAAAGAUCAUGUCUAUCAAUUGCGAAAUUAUAUGAUAUCGAGGAAAAAUGCUUAUAACGAAAUACAUAAUGAAGUGCUAGAAAAGCAGCAGAAAUUGAGGGAGCUUGAAAAAUGUUAUAAUGAAAUGCAAGACCAGAUUGCUCAAGGAGAUUGUAUAGAGGAUUUAUAUCAUGUAAGAAACGAAGAGCAUUAUGAUUUUACACAGGGAUUGAGAAAUGAAUUAUAUUAUCAAGAAACCUUAAAAUACAUGCUUAUAUAUAGAAAAGAAAAUAUCAAAAGGUUUAUGCUGCCAGUAGAUUCUAUAAGUUUAAAACUGAAAAAUAUAAAAAAUAGCUUAGCUAAUGAAAAAAGUGCAUUGGAAAAAUUAUCAGCAGAUAUAGAGAACAUAAACAAAGAAAUAGAUAAUCUAAAGAAGGAUUUCCACAAAAUAAAGAAGCUACACAAGCAGAAAAUUGAAGAAGAAUUAAAAAUUUACGAAGACUAUCAAAUGGCUAUUAAAUGUAUUUCAGCUGAGCACAGCAGAAAUGAAGCAAUUGAAAAACAAAAAAAUAAUUCCCUUCAGCUUAUAAAAUUUGAAAAAGACAUUGGAGGAAUAAAAGAAUUUUUUAUUUUUCAAAACGAAGCUUUAAGGCUUGAGAAACUCCAAGAAAAUCAAGAUAACAAAUUCAAAGCGAUACAAAGGGUGGCAAAUAUUUCAUGUAUACAAGAUAUGAUGCCUUAUUAUACAUAUUUAAAAGACCAAACUGAAAACUUAAGUAUAACUGCAAGCCAAUAUGAACAAUUAAUAGACAAUUUAAAUAAAGAAAAAUACGAACUUUUAUAUGAGCUUAAUAGAUAUAAGUUCGAAGAAGGGUUUUGCUUUAGUCUAAAUUCUAAAAAGAUUGAUGAGAUAAAAAGGGAAUUCAAAAAAAGGAUAAUUAAUAUUGAAAAAGAUGAGUGCACUUUGAAUGGUCUGCAAGACUUGCUAUUCUCCACGGUUAAUGUGAUUAGCUUACUUAAUUAAUUAGUGUUUAGCUGCCGCUUGAUUUCGCAGGACAUAUAAUUUAAGCUCUUUUUAAUGUGUUCUUGUAGUAGCGGAUUGCCUUCGCUACCCUUCGCAUUAGGAACCAUAGAACUUUCUGGCAACUUGCCGCCUACUAGUUUCCAGGAUAAGCUCGCUAAUUAUUUGAUUCCUGCGUGUAUUUCGCCUGAGAAUGAGCCUUUCAGGAGUGUAUAGCAGCUGAGCUCUGCAAACCAAAAACUCAAACCCUCAUAUCAUAUACGGUUAGCUGGAUAAAGAGUCGCUAACUAUCCUCCCUUCCGUUAGCAAACAAAAAACCAUAGUAAAAAUUCCUAUGUUUUAGGUAAAAGCCCACCUUCCGUGAGCAAAAAACAAUUUUUUAUGAAAAAUAUUUAUAUAUAUUAAAUAUAAUUAGUUAAUGAGAUAUCGAGUUAAUUCUGUUGGAAUUAAACAAGCUUGCAUUUAUUAACUAAAAUUUUAUUUAAUUGCUUUAAAAAAAUUGUAAAUUGGAAUUUUUUUUAUAUUCCAAAAAAAGUUUUUACUAUAAAACUUAUAUAUAAAUUCUUUUUAAAACAAAAUCAAUCUUCCUCUGUGAGCUAACAAAAUAUUUUUAUUCACUCACGCUCACGAGGGGAUUAAGAAAUUGAUCCCGUAACAAUAAAAAAUUGUUGGAGGAUGAAUAGUUCUCUUAGAGAAGUUUCUGAAAUCGCCGUCUUAUUAAUAAUACUAAUACGAUUAGCAGAAUUGUUUUUCAACUUUCUGAUAAAUCUUCAAGAUUUGAUGUAAAUAGAAAAAAUUUGAAUCGAGCUUUGGCAUAUAUUAGCUCUAAACUCGAAAUGAUGACUAACACAUUAAAAGAUCACAAAAGCGUGUAUUGUACAGAAAGCAUAAACACAGCUACUGAUUUCAUGACUUCUCCUUCAUUUUUGAAAUUAAAUAGCCCGUCAAACGAAAUCUCAUAA